UGUCUCCCUAAUUCCAACGCAGUUCGUCUUUGCAUCUCUCAAGUUUUCGUGCUUCCAUGAUCAAUUCUUUCCAGCACAUGCGCGUUUGAUACCCGCAUCUCAUCAAGAUGGAUGCCGUCACGACGACAAAACUUCAAGUCCAAAGCACCACACCACCCUUGACGUCCCCUAUCAUCUUAUCGAAAGACGCUACACCUGCCACCACUCUCUCGAGAGAUACCACAAAGUCCACCGCACCCAAGAUCUCAGAUCGGCACAUUCUCAAAGUCAACAUUCUCAAGGAACAGAGAAAGCAAAAGCUCGACGAAUUAGUCACCACACAAGCACAAGUCAACAAGCACCUCACCGACAGCUGCGAUCACAAUCUCCAAAUCACCCAACUUCGCCUGGUUUUUGGCGCUGGCAAUUCCGUCAUCAGAAUCAAUGAAGAUGGCAGUAUCAAUGCCUGCAACCUCGCAAAGAUCGCCCUCGCAUCAGAAUUACUCGACCAUGACAAGAACUUGAGGGAGAGCUUGAGCGCUUUCAACAACAGCCAGAAGCAGUACUUUGGAUUGAUCAAGGAGAUGAAGGAGAUUGAGAUUGAAAUUCAGAAGGAGCUUACACCUGGCAAUGGCGAUGAUGACGAGAUGAGUGAGGAGGAGGAUGUGGAGUUUAGAGGCUCGCAGGUCAGGUUUUCUAUGCUUGAGCAGUAUCGUGUUCAGGUGACCGAGACUUGGCUUGAGUGGUUGGAUGAGCUUGCUUGAAGUUUAUUGUGCCUGGGGUCAGGCUCGCGGCGUUGUUGCAGCAGUUGGGAGGUGGAAACAUGUGCUUCCGUUCACAGAUGG